AGAGAGAGAGAGAGAGAGAGAAUAAACAGACACUGAGAGGCUGAGAAGAAGAGGAGGAGGAGGAGGAGCGUAAAAUCUCACACAUAUUCUCCUGGAACACACACACACACACACAGCCUCUCUCUCUCUCUCUCUCUCUCUCUCUCUCACACACACACACACACACACACACACACACACGUACACAGUCAGUCUCGCUUCAGCCUUCACAGUGGAAGAACGCGCGCGGCAAACUCUCUCUCUGUCCCUCCCUCUCUCUUUCUCUCUCCCACGUUCUCACCCACAAGACCCGCCACACCCGUACACAGUUCUCGUAAACGCACACGCGCACUUAACGUACAUGUAAAACGAGACUUGUAUUAUUUGCUCACGUAAGGAAAGAAAUGCGUACUUGAAAUGAGAUCAUUUAGACAAGCUGUGAGAUAACGAGAGGCCAAGAGACAACGAGAUAAAAAGAAAAAAAUAACGACAACUAACGAAAAAUAAACAAAUAAAAAAAAUAACAAGAAAAGUGAAAUGAAAGAGAAAAUAACUUCAAAAUAACUUCAUUAAUCUAACGCAAAGUGAAUAAAGGAAGAACACGAUAAAUAGUGAUAAAAGUAGUAGAAGAAGAGGAAGACGAAGAGGAAGAAGAAGAAGAAGGAGGAGGAGGAGGAGUCUGACGCAUCCUCUCCACAAUGACUUUACUGUCUUUUACCUGUUCCCGCCAAUUAGCUACCUGAACGAAGGAAGCGGCGGCGGCAGCGGUGGUGGUGGUGGUGGUGGUUGCGAUGGUGGUGGAGAGGUGGUGGUGGUGGUUGCGAAUGGUUGUGGUGGUGGUAGUGGUGGGGGGCGCCGUCCCCGUCUCCCCCCACUUUACUUGGACCCCCGUACUCCCCUCCUCCCCAGAUCAGGUGGACUUGUGGACGAUAUCGGGAAGUGGAUGCACGUGUCCUCACCACUCCUCCUCCUCCUCCUCUUCCUCCUCCUCCUCGUCGUCGUCGUCGUCGUCAUCUGGGUGCGCUUGUUGCGUGAGUCGUGUGGCGUGUCAUUGCGGAGCUGCCAACCCACAUCGGUGCGCGCAGUGUGGCCUUCACCACUUCUGCAACAAUAUGUGCAACAUGACAAUCGACGGAGCCACACUUAGCGUCACCUCAGGGCGGCUCUCUGGCUCGCUGGUGUCCCCCGGUGAGGUGCGGGCGCCUACCUACUGCUGGUACCUUCUCCGAGCCCCGCCAGGACACAGAGUUGAAAUACAGAUUCACAGACUUGUUCACGUUGGCGUCUACGUGAACUCUACCACGUGUCGUGGUGGAUAUGUGGAGGUGUCGGAUGGGCGGAGCAUGAGCGUGGGCGGCCGUGGUACUAGUGUGGGCGUGGAGGGCGUGGAUGGGGUGACGUCCCUCAAAAUAUGUGGAGAAGAUGAAAGGUUGCAUCCACCAAUUGUAAUCUACAGUGAUACAGGUGUAGCUACUAUUGUAUACAGGGUGAACCAGCAGUGGGGGAGUCCUCGUUUUAUUGCAUAUUACAACUUUCCCCACAAGUCCCACCCAGACACCGGAGUGCACCACCACGGGGGAACCAGACUGCAGUACACAGCGUGUGACUGGCUCUACCAAGACGUUCACUGCACCACCACCACCACCACCACCACCAGCACCACCAGUAGCAGCAGGUGUCUCCUUUCGUCACCUGGCUACCCCGGUAUCUAUCCCUCAGGAGUCAGGUGUAAAUAUUUAUUGGCGAUGUCCUCACCUGACGUCACUGGAACCCUUGCCUUCCUUACAGUCGAUUUGCACCCACAACGGUGCUCGACAGACUACAUCGCAGUGUACGCCGGCACCUCCACCUCCUCCCCCUCAUAGACUCCUUGUGUGGGGGGCAAAAACGUUCUAUCAGACUAAGAGGGCCCAGUGUCUUGCUGGAUUUCAGCUCGGGGCCUCGCCUAAGACCGUAUAAGUACAGCGGUUUUCUGGCCUCGGUCACCUUUGAGAACGUAGGGAUGUUGGGCGGACUGUCUCCUGACCCCCCACCCCUCACCCCUCACACCUCGCCCCCCACGCUGCCGCUACAUCCCCUCAGCAUGGGCGUGAGUCGGGGCGUGGAUGCGGGCGGGGGCUGCAGCAAGGUGUACUUUAGUAAUGAGAGAAGACAAGGAAUAUUCGACACCUAUUUUCUAUCCAGGAGUAACAAGUGCAGAUUAAGAUUUCAAGGAAGAGAAGGAGAGGUGGUGCAAGUGUCUCUAUUUAAAUAUAGUCUUAGCGGUAACUCUUGCGAAUCUACAAUCUCAAUAUACGACAACUAUUACAAUGAUCCCUCCUCCUCCUCUUCUUCCUCCUCCUCUUCCUCCUCCUCCUCCUCCUCCUCUUCUCUCCUCCACCGCGUCUGUGGCCCCGUGAAGAGAGAGCCGAAAGACGGAUCAGGAAAAUAUUUGCAGCAAGAUUUUUUUCUCUCGUCGGGAAGAAGACUUGAAAUAAUCGUUUUGCUUGGAGAGAACACAGACCCGAGGGACCAGUACGUU